GGAGCGCGACGUUAUCAUGCACGAGCUCAGUAUUCUUUUCUGGGAAGGGCGGCACUUCCUCGCCCCGGUGGAGAAGCAGUUGGAGAUGGGAGGCCAAGUGCUUGACCUAGGUAUGUGGGAAGAAUUUGCAUCCCUCUUUUUGUUGGCCGCGCGGAUUUAUACUGUCCCAUAACUGGACGUUACUUCUACGUUUUCCCGUCCUCGAUAACCCGGAAAAGAAAAAGAAAAAAAAGGAAAAAAAAAAAAGAAAGAAAGAAAGAAAAAACCCACCCCCAGGAAAUCCCGACGGAGCGGCACCGGCUAACUGUUGAUUUUGUGUCCCAACUCUAGCAACCGGUAUUGGGAUCUGGUGCGAACAAUGUAGGUACCAUUCCACCCCGUUGGGUCGCUCCCCGUUCCAACUCCCCGUUCCAAUCCCACCCCCUUUUUCCUGCAGCAUCCCCAUCCCACCUUUAACUUCCCAACUAUCCUCCUCUUACCGAAGUUGCCACAACGCCACACGCAUCAAUCCACGCCAAGA